UGAGCAGUGCCCCGGGUUUCCCACUCUCUCUCUGAAAGUUUACAACUCAUCAGUUCAGGACGGGGACGGGGAAACACCGCAGAGGACCGUGAGACCCCAGGAAUUCAGGGUCCCUGACUGUGUACCAAUCAGCAGCGCUAGAGAAGGCAACGCGGAACUCGGGGGCGCCUCUGAACCAGCCCAAGAGGCAAAGGACUGCUGCUGGAGCAUCGUACUGCGGAUAAACUGAAUCGUUGCCUGGACCCGGACCCAAGUGAACAGCAUGCCCCCCACAACACCACCCACCUUCGGGGAGUCUCGGACAGAGUCACUAGGACUACGGAGUACACCCGUCAAGAUGUGGAAUCGCAGCGUUGCCUGAAAUUGUAAAAGCCUGCCCUAGGUGUCAUUUACUGGGGGAUCUGACCAGGGAUAGUUCACCAUGCUCAAUGGAUAUACAGUAAAACGGCUUUCAGCAUCUCCGAAAAAGGCCUCUGGAUCCAAAUUUCAAGUCCAACGGAGGCUGCAUCAGUCUGUGCCCAGCCGUGUGUGAAGCAAAAGAGAGAAACAGCAAGAGAGAGACUGAAAGAGAGGAAGAGAAGGAGGAGGGAGGGCUCUCCAAUGAUAACCCUGAGUGUACGUUACACGGCUCUCUGGUAGCCACCAUUUUAAAUUGGCCCUCACAGAGCUCCGCAGCGGCUGACUGAGAGUGAAAAUGUGAUGAGCUUUUCUGUCGUCCCCAUAGCGAGCGAGCGUGGAUGGAGGCCGGCGAAGGAGGCGCAUUGCUUAAUGAGACCAUUGCUCUUGUGUUGGGAGGCUUAGGACAGGCAAUUACUGAGGGAUUACCACCAGAGGCCUCCUCCAGCAGUGCUGCUGCCGCCGCUCCGACACUGCUUCCUGCUGGGGCAGGGAACUAAGCAGACACAGCUUGUUACAGAACAUUUUUUCCUCUUUGGAUUUUUAUUGUUUUUGUUCCUUUUUUUGUUGUGGUGGUUGUUUGUUGGAAUUUGUAGUUUUUCUUACGACAAAUCGUCUGUAUGUCAUAUUGUUAAUAAUGGAGCUCCAUCAGUCAGGGCGUGUGUGGAAUAAGGACUGGGUCUCUUUCCUCAGGCCGUGGAUACCCAUACUGCUGGGCCUGCACAUGCAGUUCUCCCGGGCGUCCGGGUCCAGCUGCCCAGAGGAGUGCCGCUGUGACAGGACCUUUGUUUACUGCAAUGAGAGGAGCCUGACCUCGGUGCCUCUAGGGAUCGGAGAGGGCUACAAGACCCUCUACCUCCACAACAAUCAGAUAAACAACGCCGGCUUCCCCUUGGAGUUUCACCACGUAGCCUCCGUGGAGAAUGUCUAUCUCUACGGCAACCAGCUUGACGAGUUCCCCAUCAACCUGCCCAAGAAUGUUCGGGUGCUGCACCUGCAGGAGAACAAUAUCCAGACCAUCUCCCGGACCGCACUGGCCCAGCUGCUGUGGCUGGAGGAGCUACAUCUGGACGAUAACUCCAUCUCCACGGUUGGGGUGGAAGAAGGGGCGUUCAGAGAGGCCAUCAGCCUCAAGAUGCUCUUCCUUACAAAGAAUCACCUGAGCAGCGUUCCUAUUGGUUUACCGGAAGAUCUCAAAGAGCUGCGAUUGGACGAGAACCGGAUCGCGGUUAUCGCAGAGGAGGCGUUCAGGAAUGUAACGAGGUUAGAGCGCCUCCUGCUGGAUGGGAACCUGCUGACAGACGAAGGUGUGGCGCCUGGAACCUUCCAGGACCUGGUAAUGCUCCGGGAGCUGUCGCUGGCACGAAACUCCCUCACCUACCCGCCCCCGCUGCUCCCGGGGGACGUUCUGGUGAAGCUGAACUUUCAGGAUAAUCAGAUGAAUGAGAUCCCUGUGACGUCCUUCGAGGGACUGAGAAGGCUAGAGAGGCUGGAUAUUUCCAACAACCAGCUGCAGUCCCUGACACAGGGGGUCUUUGAGGGCCUCGUCAGCCUCAGACAGCUCACUGUUCGGAACAACCUUUGGCUGUGUGACUGCAGCAUUAACUGGGUCAUACUGUGGUUAAAGUCCCUGCCAACCUCCCUCAACGUGCGCGGCUUCAUGUGCCAGAAGCCUGAGAGGGUCCGUGGCAUGGUAAUCAGAGAGCUGAACACUGAGCUGAUCCAGUGCCCUCACAGCACCACGACUGCCCCGCCGCCCAUCAACCUGCCCCCCACCUCACCAGGCCUCACCUCCCGCUCCCCUCCCUCCUCGACAGACUCCCCAUCAGACAUGCACUCCCUCUCUCCCCCCUCCAAGCUCCCCUCCUCACCCACACAUCACCCCCCUCUCUUCUCCUCGUCCCCUCCCAGAGACGGGGAACAGAGGACUAACCUGCCACCCCUGGACCCAGAGCGGGAGAACCUGCAAAUCAAGUUCACCAUACUCAACGGUUCAGCCAUCCACGUCAGCUGGGUGGCCUCCUUCCCUGUCACAGCCUACAAGGUCACCUGGGCCAAGAUGGGUCCCAGCCUGUCUGGAGACACGGUCCGGGAUAGGAUGGUGGGAGGGGAACACCGGGGCAUACGGUUGGCCAACCUCGAGCCUAAAUCCACCUACCGGAUCUGUGUCAUCCCCUUAGACGCGUUCAAUAKCUACCGGCCCAAGGAUGAUACAGUGUGUUCAGAGGCUGUGACUAAGCCGGUCUCCUAUGGUCCAGAUAAUAAUAAAGGUCCAUUGUGGCCGGAGCAGGCCACCCAGCAGGACCCCAGCUCUCCCUUCCUCCUGGCUGGCCUCAUUGGAGGCGCUGUGAUUGUUGUCCUGGUGCUUCUCCUCAGCAUAUUCUGCUGGCACAUGCACAAGAAGGACCGGUCGUCCUCGACCAAUUGGAAAUACAACAAGGGCAGGAGAAAAGAUGACUAUGGAGAGGCAGGGACCAAAAAGGAUAACUCUAUACUGGAAAUGACUGAGACCAGCUUCCAGAUAGUGUCCCUGAACAACGAGCAGCUCCUGAAGGGAGACUACCGCAUACAGCCCAUGUAUACCCCUAAUGGGGGCAUAGGCUUCAGAGACUUCCCUGUGGGGAACAAUAGCACAGUAUACUGCAAGAACAAUGUUCAAGCAGACACAGACUUUUGCCGUGCAUGAUGGUUUUGCACAACAGAGUGUUAUAGAACCCCCUUUGUAUUAACACAUACACUUAACUACAUACAGUACCCUGUACAGUAUAUAUUUCAUAGACCCCUGUGUCUACAAUGUAAUUUAUACACCAGCUGGACUAUAAUGUUGAAUUCAGCUACCUUUUAUAUUCCCUUAGUUAAAAUGCUAAUUGAUUUAUAAGUUAUUGGUUUCUUGAAGUUGUGUUACUCGGUUCUGUGCAGACAGAUUUGUCCAAUCAGAGUUCUCUCAUCAUUUUAUAUAAAGUUUGGUUCUGAUUUGAGCUCCAUAACCGCUGGGCCAUUUUAUAUUCAGUUUGGUUCUGAUUUGAGCUCCAUAACCGCUGGGCCA